AUGGCCGCUAAGUCAGACGGGAGGCUGAAAAUGAAGAAGAGCAGCGACGUGGCGUUCACCCCGCUGCAGAACUCGGACCACUCGGGCUCGGUGCAGGGACUGGCUCCGGGCUUGCCGUCGGGGUCGGGAGCCGAGGACGAGGAGGCAGCAGGCGGCGGCUGCUGCCCGGACGGCGGCGGCGGCUGCUCGCGCUGCCGCUGCUGCUGCCGCUGCUACUGCUGCUGCGCCGGGAGCGGCGGCUCCGGGGGCUCGAGCGGCCCGGGCGGCGGCGGCGGCGGCGGCGGCGGGGCGGGCUCCGCGGCGCUGUGCCUGCGCCUGGGCACGGAGCAGCGGCGCUACUCGCUGUGGGACUGCCUCUGGAUCCUGGUCGCCGUGGCCGUGUACUUCGCGGACGUGGGCACGGACAUUUGGCUCGCCGUGGACUACUACUUGCGCGGCCAGCGCUGGUGGUUCGGGCUCACGCUCUUCUUCGUGGUGCUCGGCUCGCUCUCCGUGCAAGUGUUCAGCUUCCGCUGGUUUGCGCACGACUUCAGCACCGAGGACAGCGCCGCCGCCGCCGCCGCCGCCGCCGCCGCCGCCAGCUGCCCGCAGCCCGGAGCCGACUGUAAGACGGCGGCCGGCAGCGGCUCUGCAGCCGCGGAAGGCGAGGCUCGCCCUUCCACGCCGCAGAGGCAAGCGUCCAACGCCAGCAAGAGCAGCAUCGCCGGCAACAGCAGCGGGGCCACGCGGUCCAGCGGCCAGCGCAGGUCUGCGUCCUGCUCCUUCUGCCUCUGGCUCCUGCAGUCGCUCAUCCACGUCCUGCAGCUCGGGCAGAUCUGGAGGUAUUUCCACACGAUAUACUUAGGCAUUCGAAGUCGACGGGGCGCAGAGAGUGGCCGGUGGAGGUUUUACUGGAAGAUGGUCUACGAGUACGCAGACGUGAGCAUGCUACACCUGCUCGCCACCUUCCUGGAGAGCGCUCCCCAGCUGGUGCUGCAGCUCUGCAUCAUCGUACAGACCCACAGCCUGCAGGCCCUCCAAGGUUUCACAGCGGCCGCCUCCCUCGUGUCCUUGGCUUGGGCCUUGGCCUCCUACCAGAAGGCCCUCCGGGACUCUCGUGAUGACAAGAAGCCCAUCAGCUACAUGGCCGUGGUCCUCCAGUUCUGCUGGCAAUUCUUCACCAUCGCGGCCAGGGUCAUCACCUUCGCGCUCUUCGCCUCGGUUUUCCAGCUCUACUUCGGGAUCUUCAUCGUCCUUCACUGGUGCGUCAUGACCUUCUGGAUCGUCCACUGUGAGACAGAGUUCUGUAUCACCAAAUGGGAAGAGAUCGUGUUCGACAUGGUGGUGGGGAUCAUCUACAUCUUCAGCUGGUUCAACGUCAAGGAGGGCAGGACACGCUGCCGGCUCUUCAUUUACUAUUUUGUGAUCCUUGUGGAAAACACGGCCUUGAGUGCCCUCUGGUACCUCUACAAGGCUCCCCAGAUCGCGGACGCGUUUGCCAUCCCAGCGCUGUGUGUGGUGUUCAGCAGCUUUUUGACUGGCGUUGUUUUUAUGCUGAUGUAUUAUGCCUUCUUUCACCCCAACGGACCCAGACUCGGGCGAUCCCCAAGUUGUGCUUGUGGGGACCCCGCCGCUGCCUUCACGCCGUCUCCAGAAGUGGCCACGAGCGCCCUGCGGUCCCUCUCCAACACCCGCAGCGUGGCCGGCGACCGCGACCAGAAAUUCGCAGAGCGGGACGGAUGCGUGCCUGUGUUUCAGGUGAGACCCACGGCCCCGUCCACCCCGUCCUCUCGCCCACCACGGAUUGAAGAAUCUGUCAUUAAAAUUGACCUGUUCAGGAAUAGGUACCCAGCGUGGGAGAGACACGUCUUGGACCGAAGCCUCCGAAAGGCCAUUUUAGCCUUUGAAGGUUCCCCGUCGCCUCCGAGGCUGCAGUACAAAGACGAUGCUCUCAUCCAGGAACGGCUGGAGUACGAAACCACCCUGUAA